AAAAAUUAUGGAACUCUAACUCCUAAAAGAUACUAUUUUUCGAAUGUCAAGAGAAUGACCAAUUCAUAUAAAGAAAAACUAGGCCGUGGUGGUUAUGGAGAUGUGUACAAAGGAAAUCUACCAGAUGGUCGCCCUAUAGCUGUGAAGGUCCUUAAUGUAUCCAAGGGGAAUGGAGAAGAAUUUAUUAACGAAGUUGCAAGCAUUGGUAGAACUUCUCAUGUCAAUGUUGUUACACUUCUAGGAUUUUGUUUGGAGGGUGAAAAGAGAGCUUUGAUCUAUGAGUUCAUGCCAAAUGGGUCUUUAGAAAAGUUCAUCUUCAAGGAAAGCACUUCGGAGGACAAUCAAAAUUUGGGAUGGGAAAAGCUAUAUAGUAUUGCAAUUGGAAUAGCCCGAGGGCUCGAGUACUUGCACCAUGGAUGUAACACAAGAAUUUUGCAUUUGGACAUAAAACCUCAAAACAUUCUUCUUGAUAAAGAAUUUUGCCCAAAGAUCUCUGAUUUUGGGCUGUCCAAACUAUGCUCUAGAAAGGAUAGUGUUGUGUCAACGAUUGGGCCCAGAGGGACACCUGGGUAUAUAGCUCCAGAAGUCUUUUUCCGAAACUUUGGGGCUGUUUCACUCAAAUCAGACAUCUACAGCUAUGGAAUGGUGGUUCUUGAAAUGGUUGGAGGAAAGAAGAGCGUUCAAACAAGGCCUAUUCUUUCUUCUCCCCCAAGACCUCUACCUGAUUCCUCUGCCACAUCUGGUUGCGAUACUAUGUCACUAGUAGAUUAAUUUGUAUACCUGGUUUAUCUUUUAUGUCUUUAUAAGGAAUUUGUACUAAUUGUUUAGGCUAUAAAUCUGUGACAGUACAAGGCUCAUGAAUAGUUUCAUGUUAGGUUGAUAUGUUAGUUUUCCUUGUGUUUGGUUUAAGUGAGCUAUUGGCCCACAGCAUUAGGAUUCCAAGAUAAUGCAAUAAAUAUUCUUGGUGAGG